CAGAAGCAAUUGGCAAUCAUGGUAGAGAAAGCUUCAAUUGAGGAUGUGAUGAGAGUUUUAAUAGCAUCAAGGAAGCAAGACAUGCAGCAAUUAUGGACUACUUGUUCACAUUUGGUUGCAAAAUCAGGCCUUCCACCAGAAAUCUUAGCUAAGCACCUUCCCAUUGAUGUUGUAGCCAAAAUCGAAGAACUCCGCCUCAAAUCCAAUCUAACACGUCGAUCGCUAAUGCCACACCAUCACGGCCACCACCACCACCACCACGAUCUCGGCUCUGCAGCCGAGCUCGAGGACCAAAAAGUCCGUCGGAUGAGACGAGCCCUUGACUCAUCCGAUGUUGAACUUGUCAAGCUCAUGGUAAUGGGAGAAGGCCUCAAUCUUGAUGAAUCCAUUGCCUUGCAUUAUGCAGUUGAAAAUUGCAGCAGGGAAGUUGUGAAAGCGUUGCUUGAGCUUGGGGCAGCUGAUGUUAACUACCCUGCUGGCCCUGCUGGUAAAACUCCUCUACACAUUGCAGCAGAAAUGGUGUCACCAGAUAUGGUAGCAGUACUAUUAGACCAUCAUGCUGAUCCGAAUGUCCGAACAUUAGACGGGAUCACUCCGUUGGACAUUUUACGUACCCUAACAUCCGAUUUUCUAUUCAAAGGAGCUGUCCCUGGAAUCAAUCACAUUGAACCAAAUAAACUGAGGCUAUGUCUUGAACUUGUUCAAUCAGCAGCUAUGGUGAUUUCUCGAGAAGAAGGAAGCGCGAAUAUUGAUCCGUCUUCUACAACUAUUUACCCGCCUAAUGUCAGUGAUGAUCAUACUUCUAGCACAAGCAGUGGUGGGAAUAUUGGAAAUAAUCUUAACAUUGAUUCAAGAAUGGUGUAUUUAAAUCUUGGUGCAGCUACUAAUACUCAGAAUCGAUACAAUGGUUGUGAUCCAUCUUCAAUGUACCACCAUUCGCAUGAUUAUUAGUUAAGCUCAUAUAUAUACAUCUUUUGUCCGAACAGUUCAUUUAUUGGAACAGACCAUAAAGGAAAGUACGAUGAUUCAGAUUUAAAUAAUAUUCAGAUAGUUUACAUAUA